CACGGUGAUGGAGCUGGUUGUAAAACCAGCCUGAUUUUUUUCAAAUUUUAAUGGGUCAACGAACCAGUGAAAGAGUGAAAGUACAUUGGUUCACGAUGUAGCGUAACGUAAGGGCAGUUACAGUUUUGUUUUCUCGUUCUCUUUGUUCCUCUGCUUGUGUUUGUUUCUUGAAACGGAAUCAUCAACAACGAAGCUUAAUUGAACGGUGGUGCAUCACACGGUGGCGCCCUUCUCCAACUCUCCUCGAUAAACGGCUAGCUCGCCGAUGGCCUGCUCUCGGAGAUCCGCGAGCGCAAACCUUCAACGCGACGGACUGUGGCCAUCGCGAUCCAAUCAUACGGCGACAUCGGAGUCCACCGGACGUAUCCGGAAGAAUAGCGUCGCAUUCGCGCAAACAUUCAAACGGCGCGUGAAGUGUUUGCCGGGAACACUCUUAUCUAUCGAAGCCCUGCUGAUUGUACCAGUACGAAGUGUGUGUGCAAAACAGAUGCCUACAUAGAAUCAGAGCGGGUGUGGUGUUAGAAGCGUCGAUUAUUGAAGCCGCGCGGUGACCGUUUGAACGCGCAAGAAUAUGAAACAGUUCUAGUGCAGCACAAGAGGAGUCGGGCACUUGUAUUAUGAAAACGUGAACCAUCGUUGAUUGCGGCAACAAACAGUAGACUACAGGAAAAUGGGCACAGAUACAGCGAUCGUGAUUGGAGGAGAUGGUCAAGAUCCAGCCCGUUCGACAACACUUGCCUUCCAAGAUAUAUCAUAUCGAGUGCGUCACAAUGAUGAACCUAACAAGCAGCUGCUCCACGGAGUCUCAGGAGUGUUUCGUUCCGGUCGUUUGGCAGGCAUUCUUGGGCCUUCUGGGGCGGGUAAAUCUACACUGCUCAAUAUUCUUAGUGGUUUCAAGACUAACAAUGUUACUGGUAACAUUCUCGUGAACGGAACAGCGAUUGAUCGUCGAAAAUAUCGCCGAGAGGUUUCGUACACUCCACAAGAGGUGUGCCUGCUGGGGAACAUAAGCGUCACGGAAAGUAUGGAGUUUGCGGCGGAUCUAAAGCUUGCUCCGGACAUUUCGAAACCCCACAAGACGGCCGAGAUCGAGAGCGUGCUGAAGCUGCUCGGCCUCUCCAAGUGUGCCCGCAAUCAGGUGGCAAACCUUUCCGGGGGAGAAAAAAAGCGCCUUUCGAUCGCGCUGGAGUUGAUUUCCAAUCCAAAGAUCAUGUUCUUCGACGAACCGACCAGCGGACUGGACAUCAUAGCGGCGAUGCAGGUAGUCGCCCAUCUGAAGGAUCUGGCCGUGAGCGGACGGUGUGUAGUAUGCGUCAUACACCAGCCCAGCUCGAGUAUUCUGCAAAUGUUUGACGAUCUGCUAGUGCUAUCGGAGGGCCAUUCCCUCUACCGAGGACCGCUGGAUGAGCUGGUCAGCUCGUUCAAGGCGUGUGGGUUCGAAUGCCCCAAUUACUACAAUCGGGCCGAUUUCGCCCUGGAAAUUGCGAGCCUCAAGCAUGAUGGAAACAUCUUAAAGCUGAAGGAACAGGCGCAGAUCCAGGAGAGGAUGAUUUCCAACGGCAAAGCGGCUCCAAACAGUGCUGACUAUUGCGACGAAAAGGAUGCAAUGUUGACAACGGUUGCCGAACCAGGAGUAACCUGUCCGGCGGGCAAAGAUCGGCAGUAUCCGACCUCCGAGUGGGCACAGUUUGUAACCCUAACACGUCGCACGAUGUUGUGCACAUUUCGUGAUCUGCAGCUUACGAAGAUGCGCCUUUUGGCACAUUUUUUCGUCGGUUUACUGAUUGCGUUCGUGUUCUAUGAUGUUGGAAACGAUGGAAACAAAGUUCUAAGCAACGCAUCCUGUCUGUUUUUCCUGCUGAUUUUCGUCUUUUUUGCCAACUCGAUGCCACUAGUUAUGACAUUUCCACUCGAAGCUUCAGUGUUCGUGCGGGAAAGAAUGAACAACUGGUAUUCACUUAGAGCCUAUUACUUCUCCAAACUUGUAGCAGAUUUUCCAUUCCUGAUACUUGGUCCGUCCGUGUUCUUGGCCACAGCAUACUACUUAACCGCCCAACCGAUCGAGGCCGAUCGUAUCGUGAUGCUGUGGAGCAUAUGCAUCUUUACCAGCUGGAUCGCUCAAAUGACGGGGCUGCUGGCGGGUAGCUGCCUUCCGCUGGAGCUGAGCGUCUUCUGCGUACCCUGCUCGCUCAUUCCGAUGCUCAUUUUUUGCGGGUUUUUCGUUCGCUUCCGGGAAAUGUUCGACUUUCUCAUACCGUUCACGUACGUUGGCUACUUCCGAUACAGUUUUGAGGGAGCAAUGCAGGCAAUCUACGGUUUCGAUAGACCGAAUUUGCCAUGCUCAGGCGAGUUCUGCUACUUCAGCAAGGUGAGCAAGUUCAUGGAGAGCUUCGACAUGCUGGAAAACACAUUCCUGAUGGAUGUCUGUGGGUUGGUUGUUUGGAUUUUCCUGCUGCACGUCGCCCUGUACGCUAGCUUAGCUUGGAGGCUAAAGCGAACGAGAUAGGCGGAGUAGCAAUGUGCAUGGUUCAGAAGCAUUUUUAAGAUUUAAGAAACGGUAACCCUCCAUAGGUUCGAGAUUUUACAAUUUUAUUACACAUUUUUUGUUACAUAUGCUAAACGCAUUUUUUACUAAGCUAAGUUUCCAAUAAAGGGAUCUUAAUCUGAUUUACUUUUGUCAGAUCUACUGUA